AUGGUGUCUCCCAAGCAACUCUUGUCCGUGGUCGAGUCGACUUUGCUGGGGCGGACUCCCACGGCCGCCCAGAGAAUCGAGCUCAUUCACGCCAUUCGCCACUCUUACCCCUCUCUCAAGGCUCUCCUCUCUUACUCGCCCCCAAAACCAUCAGACAGAGCUCAAGUCCAGUCGAAAGAAGUGAGACUGCCAGAUGCUGGGCCAAUCUCUCUUGAUGACCAGGAUGUUCAAAUCACUUUAAAAUUGAGUGAAGACCUGCAUCUCAAUGAAAUCGACGCUGUGCGUUUGCUUGUUUCAGCCAAUCAAGAGUGGGGAUUGCUGGGUCGAGAGCCAUUGGAGAUCUUUCGCUUUGCUGCCGGACUUUGGUAUACGGAGAGGAGAGAUUUAUUAACAGCAAUGUACAUGCUUUUGAGGUUUGUUGUUCUUGACCAGGGUCUUGAAGCUGAUCUUGUAUCUGACAUCCAUAGUUAUUUACAAGAUCUCAUAUCUUCUGGACUUCGACAGCGGUUGAUUGCACUUAUGAAGGAACUUCGAAGAGAAGAGCCAGCCGGUUUAGGAGGACCCAAUUGUGAGAGCUACAUUCUUGACUCGAGGGGUGCUCUAGUAGAAAGGAAAGCAGUAAUCACAAGGGAAAGGCUCAUUAUUGGUCAUUGCCUUGUUCUUUCGAUCUUGGUUGCUCGUGCAGAUUCUAAAGAUGUUAAAGACAUUUUUCUUGCUCUAAAAGAGAGUGCCAGUGAAUACAGUGGGGUCACAGAUUCCCUGAAGCAUCAGAUUACAUAUAGCCUUCUUUUCUCUCUUGUCAUUGCUUUCAUAUCAGAUGGUUUGAGCACAGCUCCUGAAAAAGCGUCAAUCUUGUCUCAUGAUGCUUCUUUUAGGCAAGAGUUUAACAAGAUGGUGAUGGUGGCAGGAAAUGAUCCUGUAGUUGAAGGUUUUGUUGAUUGUGUUAGACUUGCAUGGGUUGUACAUUUGUUGUUGGUACGAGAUGGAAAUGAUGCUAAGGAGAUGACAGCUUCUUUGUCGUCAAAUGAUGUGAAAAAUAUUUGCUCAUGCUUGGAAGUCAUGUUUGCCAAUAAUGUAUUCCAGUUUUGGCUAGAUAAGAUUCUUUGCAGUGCAGCAUAUCAGAAUGAUGACGAGGAUAUGAUCUACAUAUACAAUGCUUAUCUCCACAAACAAAUGACAUGCUUGCUUUCACAUCCCAUAGCCAUAGGCAAGGUAAAUGAAGCAAAAGAGAAGGCUAUGGCUAUACUUGGUCCGUACCCCUCUGCUGCCACACAUAAUCAGAUGACUCUAGACAGUGGAAAUCCUCAAGAGACUAAUAGAGUUGGUCAGCAACCUUUUGUCUCCUUACUGGAGUUUGUGAGUGAAAUUUAUCAGAAGGAACCUGAGCUACUGUCUAGUAAUGAUGUUAUUUGGAUGUUUGUGAAGAUUUCUGGGGAGGGUCACACUAAUUUUCAAACACUUGUGGCAUUUUUGAAAAUGCUGAGUACCUUGGCUUGUAAUCCGGAGAGCGCUUCCAAAGUCUUUGAGUUACUUCAGGGGAAAACAUUUCACUCCAUUAGGUGGAACACCUUAUUCGACUGCUUAUCCAUUUAUGAAGAAAAGUUCAGACACUCUGCUCACAGUCCUGGAUCACUAGUACCAGAGUUUCAGGAAGGGGAUGCCAAAGCACUAGUUGCAUACUUGAAUGUUCUACAAAAGGUUGUGGAUAAUGGGAGUCCCACUGAAAGGACGAAGUGGUUUCCUGAUAUUGAGCCAUUGUUCAAACUCCUCGGCUAUGAGAAUGUGCCUGCUUAUCUCAAGGGUGCGUUGCGUGGUGCUAUUGCUUCAUUUGUCCAUGUAUCUCCUGAUAUGAAAGACACAAUUUGGAGGUACUUGGAGCAGUAUGACCUACCAGUGGUUGUUGGGCCAAAUGCGGGGAGCACCGGACAUGCAAUGGAUACACAGGUUUAUGAUAUGAGAUUUGAGUUGAAUGAAAUUGAAGCACGGCGAGAGCAAUACCCUUCGACUAUAUCAUUUAUAAAUCUCCUAAAUACUCUUAUUGCUGAGGAAAGGGAUGUCAGUGACAGAGGACGUAGAUUCAUUGGCAUCUUCAGAUUUAUAUAUGAUCAUGUAUUUGGUCCAUUCCCUCAGAGAGCUUAUGCGGAUCAUUGUGAGAAAUGGCAACUUGUUGUAGCCUGUCUUAAGCAUUUUCAGAUGAUGUUAAGCAUGUAUGAUCUUGGAGAAGAUGAUAGUGAUGCUAGUGCUGAUCAGUCUCAAACUUCCAUAAUGAUUCAGUCUUCUCCUGUUAAUAUGCAACUGCCUGUUGUAGAAAUUAUGAAGGAUUUUAUGAGUGGAAAAACCAUGCUCCGUAAUAUUAUGGGUAUUGUUUUACCAGGGGUUAAUUAUCUAAUAGUCGAAAGAACAAAUCAAGUUUAUGGGCAACUGCUUGAAAAAGCUGUUUUGCUCGCUUUGGAAAUUAUUAUUCUUGUUAUGGAAAAAGACACCAUUGUUUCUGACCUUUGGCGCCCUCUGUAUCAGCCUUUGGAUAUCAUACUCUCUCAAGAUCACAAUCAGAUUGUAACUUUGCUGGAAUAUGUACGAUAUGAUGUUCACCCUCAGAUCCAGAUCUGUUCCAUCAAAAUUUUGACCAUUCUAAGUUCAAGGAUCAUUGGGCUAGCACAGUUGCUGCUAAAAUCAAACUCUGCAAAUAGUUUGAUUGAGGAUUAUGCAACCUGUUUAGAGCUGCGCUCUGAGGAAGGUCAAAAUUUUGACGAUAGCAGCAUGGAUCCUGGUGUUCUGAUUAUGCAACUGCUCAUUGACAAUAUCGGUAGACCAGCUCCCAACAUCACUCAUCUAUUGCUUAAAUUUGAUGUUGAUAGCCCUGUUGAAAGGACUUAUCUUCAGCCAAAAUUUCAUUACAGUUGUUUGAAGGUCAUUCUCCAAAUUUUGGAUGAGCUUUCUAAACCUGAAGUCAAUGCAUUGCUUCAUGAAUUUGGUUUUCAGCUCGUUUAUGAAUUGUGCGUGGAUCCACUGACUUCAGCUCCUACUAUGGAUUUGUUAUGCACCAAAAAGUACCAGUUCUUUGUCAAGCACCUGAGUUCAAUUGGUGUUUCUCCCCUUCCAAAUAGAAACUGCAGUCAAGCAUUUCGCAUCAGCUCUCUGCAUCAGAGAGCUUGGUUGUUGAAGCUUUUAACAGUAGAAUUGCAUUCAGCAGACAUGACUGAUUCCAAUCAUCGUGAAACAUGCCAAAGUAUUAUGAUUGAGUUGUUUGGCCAGAGACUUACUAAAGAUGGAAUUGAUUGUGAUGCAUCUUCCUUCAUCCUUCAAAAUGAAAAGCAAAUUGCCGCAACUGGUUUAGUUAGCAAGGUUCUGGAAUUGCUUGAGGUUGUCCAAUUUGAUACUCCUGACAUCACAAUGAAACCAUCUGAUUUCAUCUCCAAUUCAAGAUAUUCUUCUUUGGCUGAGGAUAUACUUACCAAUCCAUCAACCUCUGGGAGGGAUGUUUAUUAUCAUUCGGAGCGUGGGGAUCGCCUUAUUAAUUUGGCUUCUUUUAGAGAUAGACUUUGGCAGAAGUGCAAUUUGUAUAAUUCCCUGACGAGCUCAUCUGGAACUGAAGCUGAGAUGAACGGUAUAAGAGAAGCCAUCCAACAACUAUUAAAGUGGGGAUGGAAAUACAACAAAAACCUUGAAGAACAAGCUGCCCAGCUUCAUAUGUUAACAAGCUGGUCUCAGAUUGUCGAGGUUUCUGCAUCCCAAAGGAUUUCAUUCCUUGAGAACCGAACUGAAAUACUAUUCCAAUUGCUAGAUUCUUCGCUGGGGUUUUCUGGUUCUCCUGUCUGUUCUUUAAAGAUGGCACAAAUAUUGACCCAGGUUGCUCUCACAUGCGUGGCCAAAAUACGUGAUGAAAGAUUUUUCUUCCCAAGUGGCCUAACUUUGGACAUGGUUACAUGUCUUGACAUUAUUAUGACAAAGCAAUUAUCAAAUGGGGCCUGUCAUUCUAUAUUGUUCAAGAUUAUUAUGGCAAUUCUUAGACAUGAAUCUUCAGAAGCAUUGAGAAGGCGUCAAUAUGCGUUGCUUCUAAGUUACUUCCAGUACUGCCAGCACAUGUUUGAUUCAGAUGUCCCGACAACAAUUCUGCAAUUCCUUUCAGUUGAUGAACAAGAUGGAGAUUUGGAUCUAGAAAAGAUUGACAAAGAUCAGGCUGAUUUGGCUCAUGCAAACUUUGCAAUACUGAGAAAGGAAGACCAGCUGAUUCUUAACUUGGUCAUAAAAGAUGCUACCCAGGGCAGUGAAUCUGUAAAAGCAAUGGCAUUUUAUGUCCUGGAUGCAUUUAUCUGUGUAGAUCAUGAGAAAUUUUUCUUGAGUCAACUUCAGAGUAGAGGCUUCUUGAGGACAUGCUUCAUGAACAUCAGUAAUUUUUCUUAUCAGGAUGGUGGGUUAUCCAUAGAUUCUAGGCAGCGUCUUUGCACUCUUGAAGCGGAGCUUUCUUUGCUGCUGAGAAUCAGCCACAAAUAUGGGAAGUCUGGGUCUCAAUUGCUAUUUUCAAUGGGUUGUCUGCAGCAUGUUGCCUCGUGCAGAGCCCUCCAUCUUCCAAUAAAGGGAAAUUUUCGGCGCACUGAUACCAGGAUUUCAAAAAAUUCUGUGGAUACAGAUAAGCAGCGAGUGGUUGUUGCUCCUACACUAAGAUUCUUCUUUUCAUUGACUGCACUGGUCGAUAGUUCUGAGUUCUUUGAGGUGAAGAAUAAAGUAGUCCGUGAAGUCAUAGAGUUCAUUAGAAGUCAUCGGCUUCUGUUUGAUCAAAUUCUGCACGAGGAUCUUUCAAACACGGAUGAAUUGAUUAUGGAACUUAUCAAUCUUGUCGUCGGUAUACUCAGCAAGGUUUGGCCGUAUGAAGAAAGUGAUGAAUAUGGAUUUAUUCAAGCUCUCUUCGGGAUGAUGCAUGCUCUUUUUGCUCGGGAUCCAAACAUUUUCAUUUCUUCCGCCCGAUCAGAGGUUCAGCAGAAAGCUGAUGUUACCGUAUCACACCUCUGCUUUAGUUUGAGCUCGUAUCUCUAUUUUCUUGUUACCAAGAAGUCUCUAAGGCUUCGUGUUUCAGAUGGAGCCGUGGACAACGAAGAAUCUACUAUGCUAAAGCAGCCCACACUGUUUUUGCUUGUCGUAUUCCUUGGUUCUGUGGCAACUGGAUUGGAAAAAGCUGCUGAAGAAAAAUAUUUACUUCUCAACAAGAUUAAGGAUAUCAAUGAGUUAUCAAGGCAAGAAGUUGAUGAAAUCAUCAAUUUGUAUGUAUCUCAAGAUAUCACUUCGACUUCUGGAAAUAUUCAACAUAGGAGAUGUACUGCCAUGGUGGCUAUGUGCUGGUUUGUUGGUCACUGGAAUCGGCUUAUCAUGCUUUUGCUUCUACUUGCACAAAAUCUGAUGAACAUUAUCCUUACUCAUUUCCAUGAUAGUUCAUAUGCAUAUCGUAACAGUCAGUCUCUGAAAGCGAUCACAUAUGACGGCCCACUCAACGCGAAAGAGGAUUUACCUUCACUUUGUGGAGAAUUGAUUCCGAUUCUUGAAAGGCUUGAAAUUGUCAGCGAGGAUAAAACAGGUCACAAUCUUAAAGUCUUCCGCAGGCUAGCUCGAUCACUUAAGGAACUAUCAUUUCAGAAACUAGGGGCUUGA